AUGCCCUUGCGAGAGCUCAAGCUCAACGACGGCAACGUCAUACCAGCCUCUGCUUCGAUAGCCUACGGUUGCGGAACAGCUUGGUACGGCGCUACCGGCAAUGACGGCAUAUCUCGUCCGCUCGUAGACGCCAUCAAGCUCGCACUCGAGACAGGCUUCACUCAUAUCGAUGAAGCGGAAGCUUACAGCAACGAAAAAUCAGCAGGCGUGGCUUGGAAAGAAGCGGGCGUGCCCAGGGAAUCCAUCUACAUCACCACAAAGGUGUUAGGUGGCAUCGGCAACAUCCAAGAGACGAUCAGACGACAGCUCAAGGAACUCCAGACUGACUAUGUCGAUCAAUAUCUCGUUCACUCACCCGCUUUCUCAAAGUUCCUCAAGGGACAAGCCAACAUACCCACCCUGUCCGAAUGCUGGGCUGAGAUGGAGGCCGUCAAAGCCGCCGGACUCGCCAAGUCGAUCGGCAUCUCCAAUUAUCGUGUGGCCGACAUCAAGGCAGUCCUCGAGCACGCCAAAGUGAAGCCGGCAGUCAACCAGAUCGAAUAUCACCCUUAUAUCACGGACACGACGUCCGACAUUGUCGAGCUCUGCCAGCGAGAAGGCAUCCUUGUCUCCGCCUAUGCACCGUCUUUACCCGUCGUCCAUCGUCCGGACGGUCCACUGAAGCCUGUCCUUGCCGAACUAGCCGAAUCUAUGAGCAAAGAGCGCGGCAAGCCAGUCACACCCGGCCAGAUCCUCCUCAAAUGGGUUCAAGCACAGGACAUCAUGCCCGUCACGACUUCUACGAAACAAUCUCGCAUGGAAGAAUACCUCGACAUUGCAAACAUUCGCAGUCUCACGCAGGAGGAAGUCCAAAAGAUCAGGACGGUCGGCAAGGAACUUCAGCACUCGCAAUACAUGAUGAAUAUGGCGCCUCUGCAAUCAAAAUGA